AUGAAGUUCGGCAAGUAUAUCCUCAGCCAGCAGAUUUCCGGCUGGGGUGCCUACUACUUGGACUACAAGUUCCUCAAAAAGAUCAUCAACUCGCUCGAAAAGGGUCGUCUCGCCGACGCAGCCCUCUUCGCAACUGGUGUUCGACCCGAAUACAACGCCAAUGGACAAUCCACCGUCUCGCCACAACCCCAGAUCCUUCCUCACAUCCAAGGCUCUGAUGAACUCCAGAUCCACAAAGCUGCCUUCUUCUUCAAACUCGAACGAGAGCUCGAAAAGAUCAACAACUUCUAUCUCCAAAAGGAAGCAGAGCUCAAGUCCCGUCUUCAAACCCUCAUCGACAAGAAGCGCAUCAUCUUUGAGUCUCGCAACUCAUCCAAGCUUUCCAAAGAGUCGCCAUCCUACGUCGCACUCUACGAAGGCUUCCGUUACUUCGAGAAGGAUCUUAGCAAGCUUCAGCAGUUCAUCGAGAUCAAUGCCACCGGUUUCAGGAAGAUUUUGAAGAAGUGGGACAAACGUUCCAAGUCCCAGACCAAGGAACUCUACUUGGCUCGUCAAGUCGAGGUGCAGCCAUGUUUCAACCUCAAGUUCAUUGCCGAACUGAGCGAUAUUGCAGCGGCUAACUUGCUCGAGCUCGAGAACCUCUCGCAUGGCCGAUCGCUUGAGGAGAGGCUCAGCACAAAUGGGACCAGUCUGUCGUCGGAUAAUAGGCUUGACUUUGCCGCUGCUCAGAGCCAGGACUUUGAUGUGCUGGCUGAUCUGGAGGUCAACCUCGCCCACGCAGUUAAGGCUGGCCGUGUGGCUCCAGCAACAGAAAUGGUCCGGAUCGCGGCGCAGAACGAGGAUCCCACCAGUGUCUCCCGCAUCGUCUGGCGUGCAUUGCUACAAGCACCUCACGAGGCUGUCCGAGCUGCGUUGGAAAAACACCUUGCAGACUACAAAUUUGUCGACGACAUCAGCUCUCGUACCUGCCUACACGAAUCAUCGAUGGCUGGCAGGCUCUAUCUCGUCCAGUCGUGCGUCGAGAACGGUGUUGACGUUGCACAGCAGGACAUCUACGGCCGUACAGCCCUCUCCUACGCUGCAAUGUCCGGUCACACCGAUGUCUGCAAGUACUUGCUUUCAUUGCCCAACAUCUCGGCGGCCACCUACGAUCUCGAUGGCUUUUCGCCCUUGAUUCUCGCGGUGAUGAACGGCCGCACGGAUGCAGUUCGGAUCCUCCUCGACCACGGCGCAAGUGUCGAGCCCCGCGACGCCACCGAUCUGAUUCCCCUCUGUCUCGCCAGCUCUGGCGGCCAUGCCGAUAUCGUCCGGUUGCUGCUGCAGAAGGGAGCAAAGAUCGCCUCCAACGCUGAGGGACUCUAUCCACAAGCGCUCGCAGCACGUGCUGGUCACGCCGACUGCGUGCGCCUUCUCGUCGAGUCCGGUGGGGACCCUAACGCACCCGAGAAGGGUACACAAUGGACUCCGACCUUCUUUGCUGCCGAAAGCGGACACGUCGACUGUCUCAAAGUGCUCCUCAAUGCAGGCUGCAACGUCAACAUUGUCGAUGAGAAGGAUCGCACCGCUGCCUUCUACGCUGCAUGGAACGGAAAGAUCGCCUGUCUGCUUUUGCUUCUACAGGCUGCACAGCAGAGUCAAGAUCCAGUCCCCGGUAGACAUUUGUCCAAAGCUUCGGCUGCCAAAGCCAGCGCAGUAAACGACCGAGGCGAUGAUCUGGACCUCGAGAUUGACGGCAUACCUAAUUUGUCGUUGCCACCGCCCAUCAUCCCCUUCCGAACCUACGGACACAACUACCUUGACAAACGCGCCCUCGUCUCCGUUUCCCUUACUAAUAACUCGGUCAAGCUUUACAAGCAUCAAGAUCCCAACCGUCCCGAACAGUUCUCUACUUCUUCGCUCAAACUCGUCAUGACUUCUCGACCCGACACUUCCACCACUGCCAUUCCGCACAACGUCGUACUGCCACUAGCUGACGAACGCGAAGUGUUCUCGUUCCAAGUCAACAGUCUGGAAAGCUUUUCGAUCGAAUGGGAGCUCAUGCCUACGUUUGGUUCAAAGGUGAUCGGUAAGGCGGUUGCAUUGCCGAGCUCGUUCGAGGGUAUGACGGGCAGGAAGCGGUUUGUGUUGCCAUUGCAGGAUGUGUAUCUCAAAGUGGUAGGUGAGGUUUCGUUUGAAUUGGACUUUGUCAAGCCCUUUGACAGUGUGCAGUUGGAGAUCGGCGGGAGGGUGGAGACAUAUUGGAAGAGUAUGUUGCCUGGUGUAGGGGCUGCUUCGACGGUGGGACCGACUAGGAUGACGCCGAAUAAUGGAGUUAGUGGGACUUUGAGUAGUGCUGCUGCUGCUGCUGCUGCUGCUGCUUCAGGUACACCGAAAAAUGCAGACAAAGGUACAGCUGGAACACCGCUAGCUGGGUCUGCUGGUGCUACCUCUUCCUCCUCUGCUGCUGCUGCAGCUGCCGUCCAACCAACGCUUGUCACCGGAUCCUCUCUCGCCGGCGAGUACUUACGCGUAGUCGUCCAAGUGACAAAAGAUGCAGUCGCCAUCGUUUGGCCUUCCCCCUUCAUCCCCCUUCCCGGUCUUCAAGUCUACGUCGGCAGUGUCAAGUCAGACGAACUUCUCUCACUCGCCACAUCCACUCACCACGCACUCAAUUGGACCCCUAGCCAAGCAGCCUCCGCUUCAUGGCAAGACUGGCAAAAAGCCCUUUCCACCUCCGUUGUCACCCUUGGAACCCUCCUGUCCCUCCUCCCGGUCUCCGUCGGAAUCGAUAUCGACGUAAUGUAUCCCUCCACCGCCGAAGUUCGAUGCAACCCAGGCAUGCCCAAAAUGGAAGUCAACCAAUUCGUCGAUACAAUCCUCCACACAGUCUAUGCUGCUGGUACUUCCAAUCGAGAACAAUCCCGCAAGAUUCUCUUUUCAUCUCGGUCGCCUACAGUUUGUACCGCGUUGAAUUGGAAACAACCCAACUACGCCGUCUUUUUUGCUUCUUUCUGCGGGGUCGACGGAACCGCCUCCCUGGAGAGAGGAGAAUUGGUGCCUUCGGCCAGACACGAAACGGAUCCCAGGAGAGAAAGUAUUUCAGAAGCGGUCAGAUUUGCCAAGUCAAAUAAUCUACUGGGGAUUAUGGUCGAUGUUGCAUUGCUAAAUUGUGUUCCUCAUCUGGUGGAAAGCGUUAAAGCCAGUGAAUUGUUGUUGAUUACAAUAGGGAAGUUUAAAAGGGGAGCGAUAGGAGGGGAAGGGGAGGAAGUGGUAGAUGUGGAUGGCGAGGCGGAGAAGGGGAUUGUUGUAUGUAAGAGCUAG